AUGUUGCCCUUGGGGGGGGGGACCCCUCUUUGCAGCUGGAUCUCCGGGAUCAGCCCCUCCCCCGCUCUCCUGAUCCAGAAGGAAGACGGUAGGGGGAAACCUUCCUCUCCCCCCAAUUCUUUCCCUCCCCUCCCGGCACCUCCUCCUCUCACCCCGCCCCCACAAGCCCAGAUCCCGCCCCCAAACGUCCCACCCCUUCCUCCUCCUCCUCCAAUCCGGCUCUUCUGUCCCAGGAAUGGGGGUGUGAGCCCCCUCCCAUCCUGCCUUCUUCUCCAGGACGUGGAGCUUCCACUCCGGAUUGCUGCUCUGCCCCGUAGGUCUAGGGGGGGCGGCUUUCGAUGCUGCAGGAAAGGAAAGGAGAAUCGGGAGCGAGGACAAAGAGGUAAAGGGGUCGCGGGGGGGGGGGGAGGAAGAGACGAGGACCCAGAGACCCCUCCAGCUCCCCCAAGCGCCUUCCGUGGGGCCUGGAUCCCGGCACGCGUGCUGCGAAGGGGGCUUUCCUCGCAGGGCGGACCCCUCGCCCCGUUUCCCAGGCUCCGCGCGUCCCAUGAAAAGCUUAAGGGGCGCGAGAGACGCCUGGAUAGAGACCCCCCUGUCCCUCCCUUGCUCCUGUUAGGGGGGGCAUGCGGAUGGAGAGAUGGGGACGCAGGACGUGGGGUGAGUGGUGCCAAGGAAGCCUCUGGGUGCAGGGGAGACUCCGGGAGAACUGGGGGGAGAAGGGAGGGGGGCAUCGCCGAGGCAGGGAAGCGCAGCAUUGGCCGGGUGGGUGGGGAGAUAGGAAGACCAGUCUUUGGGGAGACAUCUCCAUCAUGACGCCCACGAUGAAUCUCCGGAGGGGCCGCCUUGGCUUCUCCCUCCCGCCCAGCAAUCGACCCCCCCCCCCUUCAAGGCGACCAGAGAGGGAUCACUGGAAAGUGGGGAGUCCUGUCCUCCCACCCUUCCUUGCUGCAACCUCCAUCCUCCUUCCACCCCAUAAGCCCCUGCCCUGUCCAGACGCAGCCCUUCUGCCCAGUCCAACCACUGGUCCCCUGGAGAGGAGAGGAGAGGAAAUCCCGAGAGGAAGAGGGGAGGGGGGAGGCCUUCUCAGAAGCGGCUCUUGGUUUCCGCAAUCCCACCCAGGAAGCAGCCAGAAACCUUUUCCUCUCUCUCAGGCUUCCAUCUUUAUUGUCUUUUCCACUGAGGAUGAGGAUAAUGUACACCUGUCAUCAGAAACAGGGGUGCAGAGUCCAUGGAAUGGCUCUCAGGGCUGAUAUAGAAGUUGCACCUCAAAAGGAUUUCUGAUCCUCUUAAACUUCGAAGGCAAUGUCAGAGUGACUGACAAGCUGAGAUACAAUCCUUCAUCAUCCGAUGACAGCGACUGCAUGAAUCUUCCCAGUCAAAGGACCCAUUUUCAUGAUAGACAGUGCCUGUGGCUGGAGGCUCUACACACCGGGUGUGCCUGUGCAGGCCAAAGACUGCCAGUAUUAGCACAGGUGAGGUGUGUGACAUCCCCAAAUUUACAGACUGUAUGUGAAUGAGCGUUCGUGGGUAGGAUUCUUUUUUACGGCAACCCUGUGAUUUUCUCCACCCAUAACAUUUCGUUAGCUAAUAUUGCAGUAAAAAUUCCAAAAUAACUACAAAAAAUCACACGAUAAUAAUAAUAGUACAGUGGUACCUCAGGAUAAGAACUGAAUUCAUUCUGGAGGUCCAUUCUUAAGCUGAAACUGUUCUUAACCUGUGGUACCACUUUAGGUAAUGGGGUCUCCUGCUGCCGCCGCACGAUUUCUGUUCUCAUCCUGAUGCAAAGUUCUUAACCCAAGGUACUAUUUCUGGGUUAGCAGAGUCUGUAACCUCAAGCGCCUAUAACCUGAAGCACCUGUAACCCAAGGUACCACUGUAGAAGUUCUAGUAUUAGUAUUUUCCCCCAGCCGCUCUGGGCAGCUUACAGUACAUAUAGGUAAAGGGACCCCUGACCAUUAGGUCCAGUCGUGGCCGACUCUGGGGUUGCGGCACUCAUCUCGCUUUACUGGCCGAGGGAGCCGGCGUACAACUUCCAGGUCAUGUGGCCAGCAUGACUAAGCCGCUUCUGGCGAACCAGAGCAGCGCACAGAAAUGCCGUUUACCUUCCCACCGGAGCGGGACCUAUUUAUCUACUUGCACUUUGACGUGAUUUCAAACUGCUAGGUUGGAAGGAGCAGGGACUGAGCAACGGGAGCUCACCCCGUCGUGGGGAUUCGAACUGCCGACCUUAUAAUUGGCAGGUUGUAGGCUCUGUGGUUUAACCCAAAACGGCACCCGCAUCCAUACAGUACAUAUACAAGACAGUAAAACAUCCAACAUUAAAAACCUCCUGAUACAGCUGUCUUCUAAAUGUCAGAUAGUUGCCUACCUCCUUGCCCUCGGAAGGGAGGGCAUUCCAUGGGGCAGGAGGCCCUCUGCCUGGUUCCCUGGAACUUCACUUCUAACAGCAAGGGAACCAGCAGAAGACCCUCGGAGGCGGACCUCCCUGUCCGGACUGAGCGAUGGGGGUGAAGAUGCUCCUUCAGGUCCACAGGGCCAAGGCUGUUGAGGGCUUUAGGUUGCAGAUCUUGCUCCUCCCAGUGGCGUAGCGUGGGUUGUCAGCACCCGGGGCAAGGCAAGUAAUUUGCGCCCCCUAACCCGUGGAUUUUCGCACUGCAAGUGCGAGCGCGCCCCCCCAGAUGUUGCGGCUGGCCCCCCCUGUACCCCCCACGCUACGCCACUGGCUCCUCCAUAAUGAUCGAUGUAUAGUUAGCAGAGUAGGAAAAAACACUCAGAGGCAGCCAAAAAUAAUUCAGCUGAGAAAUUUAUUACUGAAGACAGAUAAGCAUAACAGGAGCCAAAAAAUAGCAAAAAUGUAACACACUAAAACCCUGACUUAGCAUACCAAAACAGCACUCAAGUAAGAAACAGACAAACAGAGUAGAGUAAUAUCAUAAUAGGAAGUGGGAGCAGGCGCAUUUCAACACUGUAAUUUAUAUAUAAUUCAAUGUCAGAGUAACCCUGGGACUAGAUAACAAGCCUCCAGGUGGACGUGCCCCAUCUGCCCUUCACUUUCCUCUUCCGCACGAGCAGAAUCUGCCUUCUGGACUGUGGGAUUCACGGUUGUUCUCCUCCUCUCCAUCCACCAGGGCUUGACUUCAGGUGCAGCAGAAUUCCCCAGCCCCCCAAGGAUUUGA